AUGGAUACGAGGAAGCACCUGUGUUCCCUGGCCCGUUUGGUGCUGCCUGCCCUGAGCUUUGUCCUCAUCUGUGUGGGGGCUUACCUGAUGUCCCUCCACAAUGCCUACAACUACACCCUGAGUUACAUCCUGGCCUAUGUCCUCAUUGCCUGUGGCUUCCUGUCCCUCCUCACCGGGGUCUUCUGGACCAUCUGCCAUGGCAUGAAGAGGAAGAUGCAGCACCAGAGGAGCAGGUGCCACCAUGCCACUGCACACGUCCACGUCUACACCGUCGACAGGUACGCCUAUCUCACUCACCUGGGGACAGAGUCAAUUAAUGCCUGAAUUACUUAAAUACGGAAAUAUAUAUAUAUAUAUAUAUAUAUAAACGCAACAAUUUAAAAGAUGUUACUCAGUAACAGUUCAUAUGAGAAAAUCAGUCAACUGAAAUAAAUUCAUUAUGCCCUAAUCUAUGGAAUUCACGACUGGGAAUACAGAUAUGCAUCUGUUGGUCACAGAUACCUUAAAAAAAUGUGCCCUCACAAUGGGCCUCAGGAACAUUUCUGGGAUCUUUUAUUUCAGCUCAUGAAACAUGGGACCAACAAUUUACAUGAUGCGUUUUUUUGUUUUCAGUGUGUAUCAUUCAUAUUGUACAUUUUCCUUUUAUUGAAUACUUAAUUUGAUACUUUUACAGAAACUGAUACAGUGACAGUACAUUGAAUUAUCAACAGUCAGGUGCAUUGCAGGCCCCGUGUAGCUCACUUGGUAGAGCAUGGCAUUUGCAACGCCAGGGUUGUGGGUUCGAUUCCCACGGGGGGCCAGUAUGAAAAAUGUAUGCACUCACUAACUGUAAGUCGCUCUGGAUAAGAGCGUCUGCUAAAUGACUAAAAUGUACAUGUAAUUGCAAACAUCUAUAUAUUCCUAUUACGUACACAAGACUAAGGGUUAGCUGUCAAAAUGUUUAUAAACUGAAUUCAUAAUACGGUUUCUUAACAUAGGCACUUACAUAUGAUAUUUGUUGUAAAAUGUACUGUAAGCCUAAUUUCCUUUCAAUAACAUACUUGGAAUGUGUCUGUUGUCCUCUCCAGAUCCAGCUUCUACCUUCCCUCCUAUGAGGAGUCUCAGCAGAACCACGCCUCUGCUGCUGCUGCAGCUUACUCUGUGCUGGUGGUCUCUGAAGACGGCCUGAGGUUCAACCUGGCCCCACCUCUGUACACCCCGGACAUCUCCGAGGCCCCAGACGACACCUUCAACCACGAAGAACCACCUGCUUACUCUGAGAUGGCCAUGCAGCCGCACAGGGAGCCACAUGGGCUUCCAGAGCAACCAGAACAUUCCCGCUUGGACAGAGUUCCAUGUCCUGAGCUGGACGGUCGAUAG